GACUAUGUGACCAGACUGGCCUCUGGUGCCUUCUACUGGGUCGGUCUGACUGAUGAGAAAUCAGGACGAUGGGAGUGGGUCAACCAGACGCCUUACGUCAUGAACCGCAGACGGUGGAAACCAGGGCAGCCUGACAGCUGGACCGGUCAUGGUCUCGGUCCUGGGGACGAAGACUGUGCUCACCUUCACCUCGAUGGACGUCUGAACGACAUCCACUGUUCCAGCAGACUGCGCUUCAUCUGCCAGAGACACACCCAGUCCACCUGA